AUGGUCUCUCUAGAGCAGAUCCGACAUUCCAACUCCCAGAUCUCGACAGCCCUCCCGCCUGGCCUCGUCGCUGUUUUUGCCGGUGCAACCAAUGGCAUCGGCGAGUCAUCCCUCAGACAAUUCGUCAAGCACGCUGUUAGGCCAAGAAUCUACUUUCUUGGCCGCUCCAAGAUGUCCGGCGACCGAGUUUGCGCAGAUCUGCAAAAGCUGAACCCCGAAGGAGAGUACACCUUCACCAGCGUUGACAUCAGCCUGCUGAUUUCCGUGGACGAGUUUUGCCGCGAGAUAAAGGCAAAGGAAUCCGCUAUAAACCUGUUGUUCCUAAGUACAGGGACAAUGAUCACCGGGAAGGACACCGCAGAAGGCCUCCAUCACCCUCUCGCCGUGGCAUACUACGCCCGCCUGCGCUUCAUUGUCAACCUGCUACCCCUCCUGCAGAACGCAACAGGUCUGCGCCGUGUCGUGACCGUACUUGCCGGCACCAAAGAAGGGCCCAUCUACACAGAUGACUUCCAAUGCCGGCAGCACCGUAUCCUGUCGCCUGGCGGCCGCGGCCACCUCAGUUCCAUGACGACACUCGCGCUGGAGGCUGUUGCGCGGAAUGCACCGGGUGUGUCGUUCAUUCACAGCUUUCCGGGGUUUGUCAGGACAAACUUGGGCAAUGAUCUGGAGGGCCUGGGUGCGAUGGUUAUGCGAGGGGUGUUUAACGUUGUUGUUGCUGUUGUUGGGCCGUUUGUUGCUACACCCUUGGAGGAGGCUGGAGAAAGGCAUGUGUUUCUCGCCACGAGCGCCAUGUUUUCAAGUAGGGGUUCCACUUCGGGUGUUCCGCUGCCCGAAGGGCUCAAGGUUGGACGUGGAACGGACGGAAUGAGAAGUAGUGGAGUGUACUCGACGAGCAAGGAGGCCGAGAGCGCGUCACGGAAGACAGAGCGGCUUCUAGAGGGUAUGAGGAAGGACGGAACGGCAGAGAGUGUUUGGUCACAUGUUGAAGAGGAGUUUGUUCGUAUCACUGGAGUUGCGUCUAUUUGA